UGCUUACUGAUGUGCCCACACACAUACAACCAGAAAUAUUGAAGGGAUAGACACCUCAGUAUAUACCAAAAUGUCUGACGGUUGAAUAAUUCUUAUUGUCUCAAGGUAUAAAUCAUCCUAUCUCCCACCCCUAAUUAUAAUACUGUAAUAUAACACUGGCAGGGGGUAUUCUACAAAAUGAGUACUUUUACUUUUGAUACUUCUGUCCAUUUACUUGAGCAGGAUUUUGAACGAAGUAAUUUUACUGGUAAUGGAGUAUUUUUACAUUGUACUAUUGCUAUUUUUUACCUUUUAAGUAAAAUGUCUGAAUACUUCUUCCACCACUAGAUAUAACUGCCAUAUUCCAGAUAGCCAUAGUUAUUUGCUGCACUCACACUUUAGUUUACUUUCCGUUUUCAUUUCGCUGGUGCAGAGACCCAUUUUGCCCACAUGGAUGAAUAAAGUUGCAUCUGAUCUGCACUUCUCCACGUGGAAUUACCGCAGCAAAUGUACUGUGAACUGUAGGCUGCUGUGUGGCAGGUCCGCUCCUGAACACAGGGGGCGCUAUUGUAAUGUAUUCAUCGUUCCUACUGGAAAAAUACUGUCAAAAAUUAGAGCUUCCGUGCAGCCAUCAUAUCAACAAAGACUCCACAGUCCGGGGGUCCACUUUUUCUGCGUUAUACUAUAGUAGUAGUACCGCCCAGUCAUGCAUUUCAUUUAGCCCUGCAGCGUUUCCAACUGUCGGUGUUGUUUUUAGGACAAACAUCAAAAAGGCCGAGUGUUUAAAGCUCGCUAUGACAAUGUCGACUGCCAUGGACUUCCACUCUCAGAUUGCCUCCAUCAUGGAGGUGCUGGCUAACGCGGCCGUCGCAGAGAUUUGUAAAGUUGUGGACGACGGAUACGCGGUGGUUCAUCUGGAAAUGUCCCGGAGCCAGAAGGAGAACGAGUUCCUGCGGAGGAAAAUCAAACUGCUGGAGCUGCAGAUCGCCAGGUACCGAGCGGAGAGAGCGAAGGGAGCGGAGGGCUCCUCCAGCAGCCGCUUCCCCGGGGUCCGCCUCCUCACCCGGCAGAACAGGGACUCGCUGGCGGCAGGCCCCUCUCUGCAGGGCAGGACCAGGUUUCUGAACCGAGGUCCAGGGGCUCAGCAGUCUGUGCAGAAGACCCAGCCUAUCAACCUGGACCAGGAUCCUGAUCAGGAGGUCGUCACCACCACCAAAACUGAGUCAGCAGAGCCUGAGGAGGACGGGGAGCUGCUGAUAGUUAAGGUGGAGGGAGCGAUGGAGACCAGAACCACCAACCACGCGAUGCCAGUAGACGCCUGCAUGAGCAGCAGAGGAGACGCAGACACUGCCGCCUCGAAGGACGCCAGCGACGGCCAGCCAGCCGGACGCCACAGCGAAACGGAGGGCCACGGAUGUCUGAAAAACAUGAGCAGCCCUCAGAGCAAGGAGGAAAAGAUGGAUGAAGUGCAAGGUGGCACCCCCGAGAAACACACUCCCUCCCAAACGCUGCUGGAAUGGCAGGAGAGCAGCGAGACUGAAGAUCUGAAGCGGCCAUCUUGUUCCACAUACACACCAGAAACCGUAGCAGGAAACUCAUCAUUUAGCCAAAUAAGGACAAAUGCUGCCUCUAGCUUCCCCGCUGUUUCUAAAAGGCCUCAGUGCGACAUGGACCAGGUAAGCCCUGCGUCGAAGCUCGACAUCGUCGUGAUCAACUCACUUCCCAGUGCAGCGGAGGACACCAGCGGCGGGGCGUUGUUGUCUGGACGACGCGGAGAUGACGGAGCUGAGGACGUGACAUCUCUCAUGGGUCAGGGCAACACCACUGUGAGGUCACAGUAUCAGCCGCUGCUGUGUAUUCAGAUCAAUGAGCCACCCAGUGAUGUGAUGUUUGAAGGUAAUGCAGCCUACAGUAAUCACAUUUCUACCUUUAACAACCCCCCUGUUGCCAUGGGGACAGUGGACUCCCAGCAACAACAAACCAAGCAUUCUUGGUCUGGGGUCCGGCAGAUGGACAACGCCCACUUCUCCAGUCAAAACCACCUUUAUCAAGCAUCCAGCAGUCACAACCAGGAGUCUGGGUCAGCCCAGUCCCAGCAGCAGCCGCCCUGCCUCCCCUAUGCCUGCACCUUCUGUUCACGCCGCUACGCCCACCAGUGCCAGCUGCGCAUCCACGAGCGUGUCCACACGGGGGAGAAGCCAUACCAGUGCGUCCAGUGCGGGAAGAGCUUUGGCCAGGUCUGCAGCCUCAAGCGCCACCAGAUGGUCCACACGGGGGAGAGGCCGUUCCCCUGCCCCCACUGCGGGAAGCAGUUCUCCACCUCCACCAACCUGAAGGUCCACCAGAGCGUCCACACCGGGGAGAAGAGGUUCCACUGCUCCAAGUGUGGCAAGAACUUCUCCUUCCUCAGCAACCUCAUCAGGCACCAGGCUCUGCACACCGCCAAGGGCAGGAUGGCGAGCUCUGUGGAUUUCCACGCUCAGCUCGCGUCCAUCAUGGAGGUGUUAGCUAACGCGGCGGUGGCUGAGAUCUGUCAGCUCGUGGACGACGGGUUUGCCUCCCUGAGGCUGGAAAUAUCCCGCAGCCAGAGGGAGAACCUGGCCCUGAAGAGCAGACUGCGGCUGAUGGAGGUCCGUUCCGGAGAGCACUCCCACAGAGAGCUGGUGGUCUCCUGUACCGGGAAAGGUCAUAAAAAUGUAAGGCCUCAAAAGGGAAAAGGACAUCAAUGUCCACAUACAGUAGAGCCGGUGGAGCCAGAGGUGGUCGUGAUAAAGAAGGAAAGGCUGGAGGAGGAGCUGACAGGCUGCAGCGUGCUGGAAGACCAUCAGACAGAUCCCAACAGCAGCAUUGGACCUCCGUCUCCCCGUCUUGCUGCUGGGAGCGACCGCCCUCUGAGUGUUGAAGCAGAAAUCCCCAGAGUCAGUGUGUCAGGUCGCUAUGAAAAACAGGACUUUGGCAGACCUGAAGCUCCGCAGCAGGAAGAGAAAGAGGGUGUGGCGGAGGCCGGUACACUGGGUCCGUAUUCUCAUCCAGCAGACCAGAGCCACAGGGCCGCACCAAGAGGUUCUGGUCCAAACGGAGCCGGCGAAAUGACCAAAGGAGAAGACAAACAUAUUGUGGAUCCCAGUGACUCUCUGUCUGCUGAGUCCAGUAGUAGUACAGGUCCUGAUGUAGAGACCGCACUGAUAAAGACACUGGAUUCGGAGCUGUCACUGACAAACACUGGAGUGAAUGGUUUGUGUGGUGCUGCAGCAGACUGGAGGGGAGAGGCAUCAACAGCAGUCCAACUGGAGGCUGAACCUUCCUGGACACAGAAUCCUUUCGUUUCUGUCAUUAGAAAUGAGUGUCUGAGUAACAGCAGAUUAACCAACAGUCAGCACACAGAGAGUGAACCAGCAGAGCUGGACACCCGCAGCUUAGACUCGUCCUCCUUCGACGACUUGUUCUGCUCUCCAGAGGUGGCCCGGUCUCUGACGGCUCCUCACAAACACUCCACAGAUGGAGUCACAGGCAUGGAGGAGCCAUUGUCAUCCUCAUCUUUUCCUUUCCUGAGCAGCUUCGGGAACUCUUCCGUGUCAGACUCUCUUACCGUCUCCUCCUUCAGUAACGCCUCCUCUGACUCCAGGAGCAGGAGCUUUCCCAGCAGCACAGAGCGAGCGUUCAGCUGCCAGCAGUGCGGCCGCCUCUUCUCCACCUCCAGAGACCUGGUGGUGCACCAGCGCUCCCACGCCGGAGAGAGGAUCUACCACUGCCACCUCUGUAAGAAGCCCUUCGUCCACCCGCACCAGCUGAAAACCCACCAGCGGGUGCACACCGGGGAGAAACCGUUCAGCUGCGCUCAGUGCGGCAAACGGUUCUCCCAGUCCAGCCACAUCAAGAGACACAUGAGCGUCCACACGGGGGAAAAGCGCUACAGCUGCAGCCUGUGUGGGAAGCGCUUCUCGCAGGCCUGCAGCCUCAAGGUGCACCAGGCCGUCCACACUGGAGAGAGACCCUACAGCUGCACCAAGUGUGGCAAGAGCUUCUCUGUGCUGGGAAACCUGGUCCGCCACCAGAGCGUCCACAUCGGCAAGUGAACACACACCAAACCAGAAUGGUCUGAAGAGGGCAUACGAGGUCCACGGGGCUCGUUAUCAUGUCUGUCAGAAUGUAUGUAGCUGUCAUUUCUACAAUAAAACAAACAGAACUGCCUCCA